GUUUUAUUUCAAAAGUUGUGCAAGUUAGAGUAUUUUCGAUCUGGAACCGACAGUCAAUUUCGUAUAGAAAGACUUAUGGAUUUGGUCAACCGGUCGUAUUUCUACAAGGUGGAUAAUAUACAAGGAUGGGGAUAUCGUCAUUAUUUUGCAUACUAUAGUGAAUUUCAAAGGUCUUCUAUGACCAUCAAGGCAGUGGAGACAUUUUUCCUGUUCCUAAUAUUCACAUCGGCUCAGUUAGGGAAUAUGCUGACUUUGUUGACGGUGGUCCGAAAUAAACCGCUUAGAACAACGACAAAUAUCUUUAUUGCGAAUCUUGCCAUUGCGGGGAACCUCUUCACGCUUUGGAUUCCUCUCAUCGCCAUCACUAGAGUUAAGGAGAGUUGGGUUUUCGGCGACUUCGUCUGUGGUUUGGUCCAUUACGUUGAAUAUGUCUGUGGAGUUUCGUCGAUAUUCACCGUGGUUUUAAUCAGUUUCGAUCGCUAUAAGAAUGUUGUAAUGUACCACGAGAAGCAAUGGAGCACAGAUCGGGCGGUCAUCUACAUCAUCGUUAUCUGGAUUGUUUGCAUCGUCGUAUUCUUUCCCAGUGGAUUAUAUUUCUACGUUGAAGAAUUUCCAUUGAAUGAACAAACAGUGAAGAUAUGUACCCAAGUGUUGCCUAAGGUAACAGUGAAUCUAUCAUACAUUUUUAUGAUACCUGUUGUAUUGCUUGGAUUCUGUUUACCCGCGUUUUUAAUAUCGUUUAACUAUUUUCGAAUCUUCCGUACACUUUGGAGAUCGCGUAACAAAAUGUCUUCUAAUCCUAGUUUAGCUAGUCUUAGUACAGCACUGGACACAAGUGCAACAACAGAUCUUGCAGCGUCAAGGGGUAAACCAGGUGUCGGUAACUUACAUAGCACAAGGAAUCAGAGGGAUUUUAAAGUCAUUCGCCGAUUGCUUUAUGUCGUGGUACCAUUUAUUCUUCUUUGGGCGCCGGUGUUCGCAUGCUUGCUUCUCAUACUACACGAUGAAGUAACUGAACGGUUCACACUGAGCUCACAAUUUUACCUAUUCUCAAUGUGCGUCGCGUAUGUGAAUGCUUCUAUGAAUCCAUUGUUCUAUUGCCUGAAGAAUGAGAACUUCCACAAGGGUAUACGGAAUGUGUUAACAUGGAUAAUGCCAGUAAGUGUCUGGAGUUGGUGUACGACAAGAGGUCAAUGCGAUGACUUUAUGGAUAAUUGCAUAGAGGGCGUAAUGAAUCGAUGUAUUAAAACUGGGGAACAACGCAAAAAGUAUGUGCCACGCCCACCAAGCAACCAAGAACUUUGA